UCUAGACAUGGAAGAUAUCCGGUCUUUAGGUAGGGAUGUUAAGAAAUUCUCAGAGGAGUUGGACAAAUUUGAACAGUAUCUUGAAAAGGACACCGAGCCACCUGAGUGCAAGGAAACUAUAGAAAACUUCAGAUCUGUAGUCAAGGGAACUCUAUCAAGUCUUACUACUGAGUAUUCAAACAUAAAGUCUCAAGUUGAUGCAGCGUCUUCCACCUCAGAGAAAUUUAGAAAGUUGCUGUCAAGUAUGGAAAGUUUAGUCGAGAAAAGGGAAGUUCAGUUGAGCAAAUACGGUUUCAAACCUACCAAACAAGAACUUCCCCCUUACCCUGACUUGAAUUCUUUUAACAUUUCAAGACCUGAAGAGGGAGUUGCAAAAAAGAUGGGAACUAUUUUACAGAAGAUUCCACAUUUUACUCCUUGCAGUAAAGUAUCUGCAUGUAGCUCCACUACUGUAGGUGAAGCUCUCAUAGCAAAAUACACCCCUGCCAAAAGGAAGUUUACAGAGAACCAUGCUCCUGAAAGUGCAUCCAGUGUGCAAUCAGCGAGGUUAUCUAGAUAUGGUGGAGACCGUGGGGAAAAUACUUAUGUUAUUUCUUCACCAUCAAAGGAUAUAAAAGAAGGCCAGAUAAGUGAUACAACCAGGGCCAAGAAAACAACAUUUGAUGUCGAGGAUCGAUUUGCUAAAUAUUUAAAUAAGAAGGAAAUGACAACUGAAGAAAAGGCUUCUACGAUAGAGUCGAGCCAAGGUUUGGCUAAAAGGAUGGAACGUUACUCAAUUAUGCCUAAACAAGAUUAUUCUCCUUUUGUCAUCCCAUCCCAACCCCUAGAAGAGGUAAAACAAGUCAUGGAUGUUGGACGCUUAUUAUCCAAGUAUGAUGUUAUGCCAAGUAAAACGACCUCGACCUCGGUUAAAAACCCUGCAGUUAAAAAAGCUGAAUCUGUUUCCCCUUCUCCUGCCCCCUUUACUCCUCCUGCUGUUGUUCAAAGGAAUGCUCUCUCCUCCCAAGAAGAUUCGUUUAUUGGUGUUGUUCCAAAUAAUCCACAACAAUCACUAGCCUUUCAAGAUGAAGAUUUAGAGAGGACUGUGAACGUGCCAUACCUCUUUAAAAAGUCUGCCAAGCCAACAAAUUUCCUAUCAACACCAGAGAUGAAAGAGAAUAGAGUUGAGGUAAAGACCCCAGUUUGUAACAAGUAUGGUGGCGCCUCCCCCAAUUUAGGUAGUGUUUCAACUGAUUUGUUUACUAAGUCGGAGAGUAAGUUACCUGGACUCAAGCCAACUCCUACCAAUGAAAAUAAAGAUGAGGUUAAUAGUAGUGAUAGCAACAAUGUGAACAAUGAAAAUGUAGACUCGAACUAUGGUGCUGCAUCUGAGGUUACGUCUGUUUCGGCUGUUAGCAGUAUUGUUUCUAAGUAUAGUAAAAAGUACAAUUGAAAGUUACUGUAUUAUGUUAUUUCUAGUUAUGGCUACCUACCAAAAAUAUGGAAUUAUAAAUCUGUGUUGCAUGUUUAUUGGGACCAUUGAAAUGUGGAAAUUUGUAUUCUAUCCAAAUAUUAGCUAUACUAGAUACAAUCUAUUAUAUAACUUCAAGAAUGAAACUUCUUUUAAUAAUGUUUGUUAUAAUGUACUAUAGCUAUGCAAUAUGCAAAUGAGAUCGUAAUUCUUUUUUGUCUUAAUUUGAAAUUAAAUUUUCUCUGUCGGAGAGUGAAGACACGUUCAUUCUUCAUAUUUCAAUUUCAUGAAAUUGCAACCGGCCGCAUCCGUGGUUCGUUUUUACGUUCUUUUUAAGCUUUUGAUUUUGAAAAUGACGUUUAUUAUAAUAUUUAUUCAAUUCAUAGAACAUAAUAUAUUGUAUAGCUCAAUUGAAAGUCCUCAACUUCAAAAACAUUGUAUUACUGAAUUUAUUAUCUUUACAUUAUUUUUUUUACCAAAUCAGAAAUAUAUUAGAUUCGUGACCUAUUCAUGAU